GACAGAAACACAUCAACGGCUUCGCCUCGACUGAAGAGCUGCAGAGGAAGGAGGUGAAAGGUGUGAAGCAGAAAGGGGAGGAGCUUCUGGGUUUAAACCACGCCUCCAAAACAGUCGAUGUCCCCGCCUCCCUGCCGACGCCCCCCCACAACAACCAGGAGGAACUCAGGGUGGACUCGUCGGGCCGCAGUUCUCCAGAAGGUUACGUUCCCUCUUCGUCUCCAGAGAGCGACGCUGAGGUCAGCCGAUACCCCGACCUCUCCUUCAUCAAACUGGAGCCUCCAUCGCCCUGCCAAUCGCCUACAUUACCCAUAAUGCCCUGCGCCUGGGGGAAAGCAGUGAAACAGGAAGUGAAGGUGGAGCCUCACCAUCAGGCUCCUCCCUGCUCCAACACUGAUCUGGUUACCAUCGCCAUCACCCUCAACCCCGUCGCAGCGCAGAGUGUUGCAGGUGUCAUGGCGGCGGUGGCGGAGCUUCUUCGUGUCCCCGUCCCCACCGACUACCAGCUGAGCCGCACCCCCGGCCCUCCCGGCCCAGAAUGCAAUGCUCUCGCCCUGCUGGCCGGGGUCCGGGUGCCCCUCCCUGAGGGUUCAGCAGUAAGCAGAAUGCAGAGACCCCCACCAGCUACUGGGAACACUGGUAUCCGAAUGGACUACAUCCAACAUGGCGUCCCCUCUGCUACUGCUGCCAGGACUCAGUGCUGCAGCUACUGCAAGGUGCUUCUGGGAAAUGGAGUGCGCAUCAGCAAGGAGAUCAAACAGGUUGGUGGCAGGAUGAUGGUGAACUCUGUCAGAGACUUUCUGACUCAGCAGACCAUAAUAACCUGAGAGGCUGUCCAACAGCAUCCUCUGGGACCCAAAGCAUGCUCUAACAGAGAAUCUGAACUGCUACCAUCUAAUGGAGAUUCACUAAAGUCAGCCUGAAGCAUCCUUUGUGCUCCAGCCAGUCCUCUCAGUGAACACAGAGCUACAGGUCAGAUGCACACUGAAGGCCCUUUGAGCAUCUCUCUCUGAUCCUGCUGUGAUGUUACAUGUUUGUUGUUUGUUUCUCAUGUGUCUUGAUGUGUGUCUGUUGAUGUUACACAUGGAGCUGCUGGGAUGCAAGGAGCAUCUUGGACUUGAUCUGGCCAUUAAAGUAUCAUCGGAUCGUAU